AUGUUAGAAGAGAUACUAUAUUCGCUGCUGGCCAAGUGGCCUUUGGUGCUCGUUGUUGCUCUAGUAGCCGUCUGUGUUGGGAAUUACUUCAACCAUGGUCUCAACAAAUAUCCAGGUCAUCCUCUGGCUAAAGUCACAGACUGGUGGCGAUUCUACGAUGUCUGGAACCGCCGACCUGACAUCACACAUCUCGCUCUUCACCGGAAACAUGGCGACAUCGUACGCCUGGGUCCCAACUCCCUAUCUUUCGCCAAUCCAAAAGCCCUCAAACAGAUUUACGGCCUCAACAAAGGCAUGGUGAAAUCCGGCUUCUACCCUGUCCAACAAGCUGUCUCCAAUGGACACCGCCUGCCCUCCCUGUUCUCCACCACCGAUGAGGCUUACCAUGCCCAACUCCGCCGCUCCGUCAACAACGCCUUCUCCAUGUCCACCCUCGUGCAGUACGAGCCCCUCGUCAACGAAGUGCUGGACAAGUUCCUCUCACAGACCGAAGCCAUCUACGUGCGUACCGGCGAGACAUGCAACUUCGCAAAAUGGCUCCAAUUCCUCGCUUUCGAUGUCAUCGGCCAGAUCACCUACAGCACUCCCCAUGGCUUUGUCUCCAAGAACACCGAUAUCGAGGGCAUGAUCGCCUACCUGGCCCGACUCUUCAGCUACGUUGCCCCAGUCGGCCAGGUCCCUUGGCUAGACCUGCUCUUCCUCAAGAACCCUCUCAUCCUCCUACUGGACCGACUGGGCGUCAAACUCUUCGCCUUUCCCGUCACCACUUUCGCCAAGGCCCGCAUGUCCGAACGCCUUUCGGAGGUAGCCAAGAACCGCGAAGCAGGCGGCGACCCAGAUCCCAACCCAUCCGGCCGUGCCGACCUGCUCUCUAUGUUCCUCAAAGCCCAAGCCGACCGGCCCGAAUUCAUGACUGAUGCCCGCGUCCUCACCAUGGCCGUAAGCAUGACCUUCGCCGGCAGCGAAACGACCGCUAUCUCCCUCAGCGCCGUCUUCUACUACCUCUUGCGCAACCCACGCUGCUACGCGAAGCUGAUGGCCGAGCUCGACUCCGCCGUCAGCAACGGCACGGUCGAGAACCGUGCCAACGGCGCCGUCUCUUGGGCCGAGAGCCAGACCCUGCCUUACCUGGACGCCUGCAUCAAGGAGGCCUUCCGCGUACACCCCGCCGCGGGCUUACCACUAGAGCGUAUCGUGCCCAAGCAGGGCAUGGAGAUCGAUGGCGAAUGGAUCCCUGGCGGCACCAUCGUGGGCUGCAACGCGUGGGUCAUCCACAAGCGGCCCGAGGUGUUUGACCCGAACCGAAAGUAUGACGUUGACGAGUAUGUGCCGGAGCGGUGGCUCGAGGUGGAUAAAGAGCAACUCAAAGCAAUGGACGGCACGCUCUUCCAGUUCGGCGCCGGGUCAAGGACGUGUAUUGGCAAGAACAUCUCUCUGCUUGAGAUCUACAAGCUGGUCCCCAGCUUUCUGCGCAGGUUCGAGGUCGAGUUCGCCGACCCCUCGCAAGACUGGAAGCUGCAUAACGCAUGGUUCGUGGCGCAGCGGAACUUCAACGUCAAGUUCAAGGUGCGGAGUUUGGAAUAG